ACAGUGGUUGUUUCGAAGGCUAAAAGCAAAAAAAAAAGAAACAUGCAUUGUUUUACCAUUGCAAUUUCUUGGAUUAUUUUAUUCUGAAAAUAACAGAAUUAGAAGCGUGUGCUAAUUCGUGCCUAGCAGGUAAUUUUUUUAAGUUGGGCCUCUCCAGACUAGGACCCAGACUUAAGGCUUAGAAAGCUACUGGAAUGGUGGAAUCACAGCAAAAGUUUCCCGAAAUCAUGUCAACUACCGGGGCAGGAGGGACAAACAGCAGCGUCAGCGGUUCGGCGCCGGAGGGCAGCAAGUCCAAGGUGAAAACGGAUAAAAAAGAAGCCGGUGGUGGUAAAAGGAACAAAAAAAGCAAAAAAGAUGUCCCGAAACCGUUGACGAAGGUCGUCAUUCGCCGAUUACCACCGUCGAUGGAUGAGGAGACUUUUCGGAAGCAGAUAGAUCCUAUUCCAGAUCAUGAGGAUUUCUACUUUGUUUCCGGUGAUUGGUCACUAGGGAAAAAUGCGUCGUCCAGGGCUUACAUCAGCUUCAGCAAGGCAGAGGAUAUUUUCCUGUUCAAGGACAAAUUCGAUGGUUACAUUUUUGUCGAUUCCAAGGGCGUGGAAUUCCCGGCCGUGGUGGAGUAUGCUCCGUUUCAGGAACUGCCGCGAAAUCGAUCUCGCAAGAAGGAUGCCAAAUGUGGCACCAUCGAAGUUGACACCCAUUUUAAAGCUUUUCAGGAAGCACUUGAACUCGAGGAGAAAGAAUCAACGGGCAAGAGUAAGAGCAAGCUGGAGUAUAGCUAUCAGAUAAAGGAUGAGAAGAAAAUUACAUCUACGCCCUUGCUGGAGUUCAUUGCUCAAAAAAGGCUAGAGAAACGCGAGGAAAAACGAAGAAAAAUGGAAGAGAAGAAAAAACAGAGGAAGGAGGAACGUCAGAAGAAAAGUCAGGUGGGAAAGCCGAUCACGGAAGCGAUAAAAGAGGAGAUUGGGAAAGAAGACGACAUAGUCGUUCGAACUGUUCCGUCGCGGUUGGAUCCAAAUCAGAUAAAAAAAGAUAGCGGUAAAAGAAUGAACGAAAAGAUUGAUUUUGGAAAAGAUCCUAAAGAUAAAGAUAAAAAACAACGGAACAAGAAAGAAAAGGAAAAAGAACGAGUAAAGCAGGAAAAGGAUGACGUAGUGGGAGGGCAGGAAAAAGCACUGAGUAGAAAACAGGAACGAGAUCGUCAACGAAAAGAAAAGGAUAAGGCUAGAAAACUGGAAGAAAAGGAUAGAAAGCCAACUGGAGAAUCAUCAAACCGAGAAAAAGAGGUGCCUCCGAAAGUGGUGGAAGUGCUGGAAGUUCCGAAAGUAGUAACAGCUGACGUUCCUCGAAAGGAAGUCAAAAAAUAUAGCGAACGUAGAAAAGAGACUCGUGCUCGUGCUGAAACUCGUCUUGCCGAGCUGGAGGAGCGCAGUGAUGUUCAGACUCCCAUUACGAGCGAGCAUUUCAAAUCCAUUGCUGUCAUACCGAAAAUUGACAUCAAGAAAAGCGUUUUAACGCCUCAUGUUGCUCCGUUUAUACCAAAAGAGAAGUCCACCAUCAUUUUGGGUGAGUCAUCUGGGGCUCUUCCACCGGCUUUUCCACAAAAAUCCUCCACUGCGAUGGCGGUAGCAUCGCAACCAACAGAGGAAUCGCUUGCAACAAAAGAAUUAACACCAGCUCCCGAUACAGCGGCAGCCGACAGCAGCAGUUCGGAGAGAAAACCCGAUAUUGAUGAGAAAUUGAAAGAAGCUCGUGAGGCUCGAAAAAUUCGUAACAAAAAUCGUCCUUCAAUAGCGAUCUAUCAACCGAGGAAGCGUAUGAUUCCGGAAACAGCAGUCGACGACGAUAAAAUGAAGGACAAAAGCGAUUCCGACCGUUCAUCAGACAAAAGUGUGAAACCAAAACCAGCCACGGAGAAAGAUAAACGACACAAGUUGACUAAAAAAUCGUCCGAUAAGGAAAGGCCAAAAGAUCGACGAUGCAGGAGAAAAAAUUCCAGUGAUUUAGAAGGAGACAGAGACAGGAAAGAGCCUUCUCGUAAAAAUUCCCGCGAAGAACCAGCCCCACCGGCGGAACCGGCACCAAUUACGGCGUCUGAAGAAAAAUCCGCCGGACAAAGCGUGAGUGAGGCUGUCGAAGCACUGGAUGGAAUCGAUUUGAACAGUUAAAUAACCGAAUACUUUACUGAUCAAAUAAACGUUGAACUGCAA